CUAAUAAAUUAUCUUAACAGUUAUCCUUUCUGAAACAGAACAAAUGAUAUUUAUGUUGCCAACGAAUACAAUCUUUCUGUUGUAAAAACGAUACCGAGUAGACGAACCUUUAUUGGGUCAUGGCCAAGGUCAUAACAUUAGCCGCAUCUGUCAUACGGCAUUUUAAAAUGUAUUCAUUUAGAAAAUAUUAGUUUUGUUCAAUAAUUCCCGGUCUUUAUAAGUUUAUUAUUUGUUUUAGCAAUCAUUAAUCAUCGCUGGAUGUUAUCUUUUAUAGCUUUAUUGCUUGUUUUAAGCAACAAUAACGUUUAAAUAAACAAUUCAUGUCGAUUUUAAUGUUCGAAACGAAAAUGAUAAAUACAUAAUUAAUGUCGCUUCGAUAUUUAUGAAUAGCGUCCCUGAAACUGAUAUUAAAUUUCCAUAAGGUAACAUGGUGCAUGCGUAAUUUUCCAGAGCAAUAUCGUAUAGUAUAUUACGCGGAAUAUAAAGCAGUAAACCAUUUUUAGAAAGUAAUAACAUUCUAACCUCUUGUCAAUCGAUUAUUUUUAAUCAAUAAAGUCCAUAGUUGUUUUAAAUCUGAUGUUUUGUCGUUGAUAUUCAGCAUUCUAACCUUUGGCAUUUCUGUAUUUUGUUGUUUUCUGCACGGUGUUAUUAUCGAACUGUACGCCUGUAAGAGAAGAGAUCGUAGUGAUGCAUUUUGUUUUCUUACGUUCGUCCCACCUAAAAAUAAUUUGGGUCAUUUUUCUAUAAAAUUGCUUCAAUUAGCCAUUUAUCGGAGCUCCUCCUUUCGAAAGUGUCCGAUUCGUCCCUUCGCUACUACAUUCUUUCUCUUGACUGCUUCCAGUAGAGACGGAUUGAGUCAGGAGGCUGCGCGCGCAUGUGACUGUGCAUGCUCCCCCUUCUCUCCGACCUCAGUUGAUAGCAAAGACUGCCGGCAUCUCUUCUUCCAGGAUCAUAUCUCCUCGCAUCUGGGAUAUAUUUUCUUUCCUUGUUAUUUUCGUCCGAUUUUUUGAUGAUAGCUCUACUUAUCUGGCAGGAAUAUUAGCAUCUAGAACUUUCCUUAACCGGAAUUUAAAUUCAAUAGAUGAGAGUGCACGUUCGGUCCGGAUGCCACCGUUUGGAGGCAAUUUUUCGGUGACCUCUUUUCGGAACGAAGACCAAUGUGUGACCCUUGAUCUUGACUUUCGUCAUGACCCUUAAAUGGGAAAAACUUUCUCCAGCAGAAUUUGAGCAACUUCAAGAUUACAUUCAAUACUCUUCAAAGAAAUUGAGUGAUGUUUUAAACGAAUUCAAAGAACAUGGAGUUCUAUCUAAAUAUAAUCCAGAAGGGGAUAUCGAUUACGAGGGAUUUCAGGUAUUUAUGGAUACUUAUCUGGAGAUGGAGACACCCAGAGAGCUUGUGAAACGUCUUUUCCUGUCAUUUGUCAAGAAACCAGUGCAACAGACGACAGUAGUUGAUGGUCGAAUGUUAAAAAUAGCAGCUGUAACAUCAACGACUGCGUGUGCUCCACUUACUCCUCACACAGGAUCAAUGCCCGAUCUAGCUAAAGAAAUACAUUUAGAGACAAAAGAAGAUAAACAUUAUAGUUUAGCAGAAAAGUUACACGGUUUGACGGAAAAAUUCCAGAAUUUAGGUCAUCACAGAAGCGAUAGUGAUAGCACCUCUAGAGGGAGAGCUGGAAGUGCUACUAUUCAUCCGAUUGUCACCGUUACUCAUAAUUAUGGAGAUAAAUCUUUGGAUUCCUCUCCAAAUAACAGUCAAGUAUCUCGAAAUUCAUCAAGAAAAUCGAAUAGUUCUACUCUAAUACACAGUGUUGAUUUGAAGCCUCCAAGGAAGGCCAGCAGCCACAUCGAUGUUCUCUCCCUUCGCGUUCCUCUCAAGGAUAUCGUCUGCUACUUAUCAUUGCUGGAAGGAGGGAGGCCCGAGGAUAAGUUGGAAUUUAUGUUUCGUCUAUAUGAUACCGAUGGAAAUGGCUACCUCGACAGUAACGAGAUGGAUUGCAUUGUUAAUCAAAUGAUGAGUGUGGCUGAAUAUCUUGGGUGGGACGUCACCGAGUUAAAACCAAUCUUACAAGAUAUGAUGGUCGAGAUAGACUACGAUGCUGACGGAACAGUUUCUAUGGAUGAAUGGAAAAGAGGAGGAUUAACGACUAUACCUCUUCUUGUUCUCCUGGGAUUAGAUGCUAAUGUGAAAGACGACGGUAACCAUGUUUGGAGAUUGAAGCAUUUCAAUAGGCCUGCUUACUGUAAUUUAUGUCUCAAUAUGUUAGUCGGCUUAGGAAAAAAAGGACUUUGUUGUGUUUUUUGCAAAUAUACGGUUCACGAAAGAUGUGUUCAAAGAGCACCCGCUUCUUGUAUAGCUACUUAUGUUAAGUCUAAGAAAACAUCACAAGCGAUGGCACAUCAUUGGACAGAAGGUAAUUGCACUGGUAAAUGUAGUAAAUGCAAGAAACCGAUUAAAUCUUACAACGGUAUAACCGGACUACAUUGUAGAUGGUGCCAAAUGACGCUUCACAAUCAUUGUGCCUCACAAGUCAAGCCCGAAUGUACUUUAGGAGAGCACAGAGACCACAUUCUUCCUCCUAUAUCAAUUUGCCCAACUGUUUUAGAACGUCAAAGAAGUGUAUCUGCAGGGCAGAAAAAGAAUUUAUCUCGAACUGAUUCUGUUGCUCCAAAUGAAGGAGGACAUAACGUGGUAUCACCGGUAUCAUUCCAAAUCACUCCUUUACCUGGAACACAUCCUCUCCUCGUGCUAAUCAAUCCGAAGAGUGGAGGAAGACAAGGGAUGAGGUAAAACCUUUUGUAGUUAAUUAAAUAUAUAAUGUUUUAAUAAUGU